AUGGACGUGUGGGGCCCCGCCCGCGUCCGUGCACAAGGCGGGGAGCGCUACUUUCUGCUGGUAGUUGACGACUACACGCGUUACACCACGGUCUUCCCCUUGCGCACCAAGGGUGAGGUCCCUGAUGUCUUGAUCCCUUGGAUCCGCACUACCCGUCUCCAGCUGGAGAGGCGCUUUCGCUCGGACCUUCCAGUCCUGCGACUGCACUCUGAUAGAGGUGGUGAGUUUUCCUCCGACCUCUUGAGAGCCUUCUGUCAGGGGGAGGGCAUUGAGCAGACGUUCACGCUUCCGGCCUCUCCGCAGCAGAAUGGGGUUGCUGAGCGCCGCAUUGGCCUGGUCAUGGAGGUCGCUCGUACCUCCUUGGUCCAUGCGGCUGCCCCCCACUUUCUGUGGCCGUUUGCGGUACGGUACGCCGCGCAUCAGCUCAACCUCUGGCCCCGUGUCUCUGACCCGGACACCUCGCCGACACUGCGUUGGACGGGAGAGGUUGGCGAUGCGUCGGUGUUUCGAGUCUGGGGAUCUCGUGCCUUUGUCCGCGAUGCGUCCGCGGACAAGCUCUCCUCCCGUACCCUCCCCUGUGUCUUCCUUGGCUUUGUCCCGGACGCGUCUGGCUGGCAGUUUUACCACCCUGCCUCGCGCCGUGUCUUCCCUUCUCAGGACGUCACGUUUGACGAGUCGGUCCCCUUCUACCGUCUCUUCCCCUACCGCACUGCCCCGCUCCCCCCUCCGCCGCUCUUCCUCACUCCAGGUGCUGCUGUGGUAGACCCCCUGCCUCCCCAGGGUCCUGCAACCUCAGGUGUUUCCCAGGUAGACCCGGUCGAGCCUGUCGAGGUAGCUGUCGACUCUGGUCCUGCGCGAGGUACUGAGCCUGAGCGUGCCGAGCCUGGUGGUGCUGGGUCUGGUGGUACCGAGACUGGGGGUGCUGAGCCUGGGGGUGUGGAGACUGGGGGUGCUGAGCCUGGGGGUGCUGCCGCUGGGGGUGUUGGGCCUGAGGGUGCUGACACUGGGGGUGCUGCGCCUGGGGGUGCUGACACUGGGGGUACUGAGCCUGGGGGUGCUGUGCCUGGGGUUACUGAGCCUGGGGGUGCUGCGCCUAGAGGCACUCUUUCUUCCUUGGAGCUGCGUGAGUGGUACUCUCGGUACUGCCGCCGCCACAGUGGUACUGUGGGAGCUGGGAGUACUGUUGACACUGGAGCUGAGGGCGCUGGAGCUCCUGGUGCUGGUGUGGCUGCCGACCCUGGGGUUGGCGCUGGAGGUGCUGGAGCUGCUGGGCCUGGAGGUGCUGCUGGAGCUACUGGAGGAGCGAGUGCUGCUGGAGCUGGAGGUGCAGGUGCUGACGGUGCUGCUAGAGCUGGUGCUGAGUCUGGGGGUGUUGCUGCUGGGGACACUUCGACAGGAGACCCUGGGACUACAGGUGCCGGCUCUGGGGGUGCUCCUGCUAGUGACGCUGGUCCUGGAGGUGCUGGAGCUGCUGGAGGUGGUGGAGCUGCUGGUGCUGGGGGCACUGCGCAGCCACGACUACCCUGA